AUGGAUUCGGCAUCCACGGACGAUCCGAUCGCGACGCUAAUAGAGACGUAUCAUGAGCUGAACUCUAGCAUCGUGCAAGAGCUCUCUGACGAGCCAUCUCCUCUGGAGUUUAUGCGAUACGUCGCGAGGAAUCGACCAUUUGUCGUUAGAAACGCUGCGAGAGAUUGGCCGGCAGUGAGAAAGUGGGACACGAAAUACCUACGUCGUGUUCUGCACAGACAGGAUGUCCGCGUUGCCGUGACACCUAAAGGGAACGCAGACGCCGUGGUGAGCGACCAGGAUAUCGGACUACUGUUCGCAGAACCACAUGAGAUCGUAGAGCCUUUCGAAGACUUUCUCGCUUAUGUUCAAGAAGACUCUUCUUCUUCUGACACAACGAUGAACGUCAAAUAUGCCCAGCCUCAAAAUGACUCUCUCCGCACGGAGUACUCCUCCCUCUUCGCCGACGUGCCGCCGGCGAUAUCCUUCGCUACGAUCGCCCUCGAACAAGAUCCCGAUGCCGUCAAUUUCUGGCUAGGAAACUCGCGCUCAACCACAUCGAUACACAAGGACAACUACGAAAACAUAUACGUCCAAAUUAGAGGUCAAAAACACUUUACGCUCUUACCACCCAUCGAGAUGCCGUGCGUGAACGAAACUCCGCUUCCAUUUGGACGGUUUCAUCCCUCUCCGGAGAAUGGAGGGAAGCUCGAGGCACGGAUCAAUGCUGACGAUGAUGAGCUUCGGCCUGUACCGAUAUGGGAUCCGGAUGAACCUGAUGUGCGGUCGACGCGGUACUCGAAGUUAUCUCGUCCGCUGAGGGUGACCUUGAAUGAAGGAGAUAUGAUGUACUUGCCGGCGCUCUGGUAUCAUAAAGUCGGACAAGGGAACGGCGAGGAGGGUUUUGCUUGUUCUGUGAACUACUGGUACGACAUGGAAUUUGGAGGAGGGUUCUGGGCGAGCAAUGCUUUCGUGAGGGAUGUCAAAAGAUGCAAUUCAUCAUCCGAGUCGGACGAGGAGGAAGAAUUUUGAGGCCGUAAUGUUUGAAGCAUGCCGACUCCUUUCGCCGGACUCGGUGUCCGGCCAAAGCCCAGAGUGUGAUGACUCUUCCUGCGGUGAUGCGGCACGGGCGGUGGCUCCAAUCUAGUCGGCGAAGGAGCGCGGGAAGACGCCAGACUCGAAGCGACCAGUGCAUUAGCAAGCUGGUCGCCGGUAGUAAGAGGCGUCAUCCGGCGAGGAUAUGCUUGGUUAUAUUGAGCUUGCACGCUUCGAGCUGAUUGAAUGGUGCUGCUCCGAGACAGUGGUCUGAUUGGCAUGGCUUGGGAGACUGUGUUGCGCAUUGGAGAAACAGAAGCAAGGCGUCGUUUCGUCUCACGAAAAGCAUCCACAUCAUCUCGCGGCGUUGCCAAAGACAUGUUGUGAUUACCUCGCGCAGUUUUUGCUGGCGAAGCUUUUCGGGGACUACUGGGGUUCAAACUCUCGGAGGCAGAAGCAAAGGAGUCGUUUGAAGAUUCACCGCCGUUGCCAGCAUGUAUGUCACUUGAUCUCUUGUCCAAGGCCGCCUGUGAUGUGUGCUGUCCAUGCUGUUUCGCUUGCUCUACUUCCAAUCUGAUCAUUGAUGUGAUGCCCGACCUGACUGGCUUUGGACUUUCGAUAGGAAUCUCCCGUGGAGCGGAUACCGAAAUCGGACUUGGCCUUUUAACUGUCGGAGAGAGAGCAAGCCUCUGACGGCGCUCGAAGAGGUCGACGAGAGCAUUGGUCGGAGGGAUGGAGGUGUCAUCUGUGGGCUUGUUGGUAUAGUCUUCAAUGGUCGACCUGGAACUGGCGGACAAUCGCCGUGGCUUUGGAGCAAUGGCGGGUUUCUGUUGCGAGGUCGCAGGCUGAGCACGCGAGGCCGCUAGAGCAGCAGCCUGCUGUGAAGGGGAUUUGUGUCGCGUUAUGGGUCCCUGAUGAGGUGCCGAGAGACUCGAUCCACUCGACAGGUCCAACAUUGUACGAUCUCGUCCCAUGCCACUACUCGCACUUCCACCUGGCGAGCGCGAAGGUGGACGGCGUGAUGUCGAUGCGUUGUCCUUGGUAGCCACCGAUGCGGCAGCUAGGGCUCCUCCAUCGCCUGGACUUCGACGUAUUACAUUGGUGGAGACUCGUUGCAGAGGUGCUGGGCGACCAAAGGCGGUAGUCGCUCCCAAGAAGGCAUUGUUGCUGGCCUGCGAGGCUAUCGUGUCAACGCUGGCGAUGGACGAUGUUCGCGAUGACGGAGAAUGUUGCGGGCCCGGCAUGGGCGCAUAGUCUGGUGCUGCGAGGUUGUC